AUGUCCGCCCGCUUCGGAGUGCGCUUCGCGCAACAAACAUCUCGACAAACCUCCUUCGCCACUCGAACGCCAUUCAAGGCUCGAAAUCCCAUCUUUCGACGCUAUCAAGGCACAGCUGCCAACCCAGCAGUUGACGGGGCGCCACCUCAAAGCCUGUUCCAGAAAUUAUGGACCAGUGAAGUCGGUAUUAGAACGGUGCAUUUCUGGUACGGAAGAAUAUACCAUCUCUCUCUCCCACAUGUUCACGCCCAGGUGGGAUCCGCGAACAACGCAAAGGGACACCCUGCCAAAUUGAGAAAUUCGAAAUCGGCGACGAACCACAUGCUGACCGUGACAUUUGCGUAUAGGGCACCCAUUAUGAAAUGGGGCGUCGUGCUCGCUGGUGCCUCAGACUUCCUCCGGCCGGCCGAUAAGUUAUCCUUGACUCAAAAUCUAGCUCUCAUGGCCACAGGCUCGAUCUGGACCAGAUGGUGUUUCAUCAUUCGACCACAAAACAUGCUUCUCGCAGCAGUCAAUUUCUGCUUGUUCGUCGUCGGGUUCGUUCAAUGUUCCCGAAUCUUCUUGUACCAAAAGGGCACGACGGGCGCGUUGAAGGAGAUGGAGCAGGAAGUUGGGGGCUCGGUUAAGAGUGUGGAGAAGAAGGUUGAGCAGAAGUUGUAA